AUGAUUCGGAACAAGAAGACAUAUGGCUUUACUAUCGCCGUCAAAGAGCUGCGAGAGACGGUUCCCAACAUCUUUCGGUAUGCAUCCGCUUACAAACGAAUGAACAAUUUUACCUCGAAGGGGCUUUGGGAGAUGUUUGUGGAGAAGCCUGAGGAGGAGGACAAGGCGGAGCCGAAGAUGGAAACAAAACCCAAUUUCUUCCCGCAAGAAAUGAUGAACUCGGACCCUGGUGAGAAUGGCCUACCAAAGAUCCAUCCGGAAAACAUGGAAGGCGAAUCGUACAACAUGUGCCACUUCUGGAGCAACUUUGAGAUUGCUAACCUGAACUGGUUCCGAAGCCAAGAAUACAACGACUUUUUCGAAUUGAUGGACCGCAGUGGCGGGUUUUGGAACGAGCGCUGGGGAGACGCACCCAUCCAUUCGCUAGCUGCUGGCAUCCUCCUAAGUCCCAGUGACCUGCAUUACUUUCGUGAUUUUGGGUAUCGGCACACGACCAUUCAGCAUUGCCCAGCAAAUGCACCGGCUCGACAAUUACCCAGAGAGCCCUAUCUGGAGAAGACGACAGUGGACGAGAAGGAACGACUUGAAGAAGACAGAUACUGGGCGACGCCAGAUGCGGUCAAAGAGAAUGGGGUGGGCUGCCGCUGUAAAUGCGACACGGACAUUGUGGACGUGGAGGGCAAAGAAGGGUCGUGUCUUGCGGAUUGGGUCGAGGUUGCUGGAGCGUUACCGGUACCAUGCCUCUCACUCUCCGUUGCGCAGCCACUAGUGAACAGCCAUUUCGGGGACGCAGCCAUGUCCAAGGUAGGUGCUGUGUGUUGUUUCAGCGUCGCCCCCGCUUGCAUCAUCAUCAUCAUCAUCAUCAUCCUCCUCCUCCUCCAUCAGCGAAACCCUGGCUGUAGUCCUGACCCUCCUCAAGAUUUCAAGUUUCCUCCCAUGCGGGUCAACCAGUCGCUCGCCAGACUAGACCUAGACACGUUGAUAAUGAGAUCGUCCGCACGCCCCGCCGAUGAGGCCGGUAGCUCGCUCGACGGCAGCACCUACGACGUCCUUGGCGACAGUCUGCUCGAGACAUCGGACGACGAGGCUCAUACAGAGUCUAUUGCGUCCACGGAUGGCCCCACGCCUGACAAUGCCUCGGAGUUUAGUGAUGAUGACUUCAAUUAUCCAAUGGGCGACAAGGACCUGCAGGAUAGUUUCCACUCCUCGCAGGCCGAGAACGCAGAUAACCACAUGGACGUACUCUCGAUUGGCAGUGGUCAAGAUAGCACGCUGACUGAACGAGCGGCCGGCUUGGAUCGCAGCGGGAGCAUGUGGAUCAGGCUGGACGAGCAACCCAUGCAGGAGGACGGCGUCACACAGGGCAGUGAAGUCUUUAUUAGCAAGCCCGACGCCAAUGGGGAGCUGCACAAAGUACUCGAAGUAUACGGCUGUGCCCAAAUCCGAAUGCUGGUCAAAGCCGCCCUCGCCCCACAAUACGCUUCUACCCCAGACACAUAUAGGAUACUCUAUAUUGGUAAGCCUGACAAGUGGAUUGAGGAUCUGAUUACCGAACACAUCGGCAAGGCACUCACCGCAUCACCACACCCCUCCAAAUCGGUCAUGGUCAGAGGUCAGAUUGAACCGUAUAGCCCAAUUAUGCACAGGCUGCGGUGUGUUGAGCUUCACACGUUUGCGGCUCAUGAGAAGCCCUCACACGUCCUGGCAAUACUAGAAGACGGACAGGAAUUAAAACUCGGCCGUGGCCUCCGCUCCGCGCCAGACAAUCGACCAGAUCUAGUCAUCUUCUGUCAUGCAGCAAGCAUGGGAAAUACUGACGCGCGCGACUAUGCAGCUGCCGGUAAUGUCUUCCAACGCGAAGGCAUUGCCUGUAUUAACCUAACAACUGCGCGGCCUUACGGGGCCGGCGCAACUUCCUUCGAUCCACGGAUGCUCAGGGUACACGUCGAGGGCAGCAAUGACGGUGAUACAGAGUACGAGCUAAAAGAAGUCCUUCCUUUGGACUACUACACGUUCGUACACCUCGAGCCGUCUCAGCUAAACCGUCAUUUGGCGCUCAUGAGUCCUAAUUUAUUGUCCACUCCACACGCACGAGGUGAAUCGAGGCUGCUUUUCCCGAGGCAAGAGAAGAACAGUAUAACGUUUGAUUUUCUGGCAUCAAUAUGGCCGAUCCUCAAGCCUUGGUUGAAGGCUAUCCUGUUGUGUACACUGUUGCCCGCUGUUUUCCUUGGAAUAGCAUACGGUCCCAUGUUCUAUCAGAUGUCUUCCAACUGGACAGCUGAAGUGGACAGCUCAUCGCAGGCUUUCCCGCUGAGCUCCACAAUCGUCCAAACUAUACCAACUUCAUCUAGUUUACCUGUGGCAUCCGUUUCCACUGCAAAGCCGUUGUCCACUGGGCCUUCUGCCAUCCCAUCGCCGGCCAAGUCAGCCAAAAAGCCAAGUGCGAAACAAAAGAAACCGAGCAAGGAUCAUAGCUUCCACAUCUUAGGCAUGGGAGACCAUCAAUUCAUCCUUGCUCCAAAGGGAAGCUUCAAGGCAAGCAAGAACAAGCCUCAGAUACAGAUCAAUGUUUCUCGGGAAAACCAACCCAUCGCUAUUCGUUACAACCGUACUAUAAAUGGCGAUUAUAUUGUCGAUCUUGAGUCGGAGUAUCCUAAGAGUAACUUCACCGUGAAGAUUGCGACCUACUCGAAGCCUUUGCUGAGGCAGUCUUUCGAGAUCACUCUAGGGCACAACAAGUCAAGGCUACAGCAGGUACUCGGCACAGCAAUGAACAAUCUCCAAGGCUUGUCAUCUUCAGCGGUGCAGCAGAUGCAGGCACAGCUGGCGAGACUAGAAGCUGCCAACACGCCCAAGGAACAAGUAGCAGCCUAUAUCCAAGAUGCACGGCAGGCAGUGCAAGCUCAAGUAUCUACAGGCACUGAACGGUUGAAGCAGGCUCAAGGCGCCGCAUGGACAGGGCUUCGCCAGGCAACUGCGCCAGUUCGGACCUCGCCGACCGUAUUGAAAGCCAGGAAAAAUGCCCUCCGUCUUCGAUGCAAAUUAGAGACUGCCACCGGCUUGAGGGUCAAAGGCAGCAAGGAUGCAGAGAGUUGGGCAUGCGCAAAGGUGCGGGAUAUGGCUUGA